AUGCAGCCAAUACCGCCUCGUUCCAAAAGUCAUAAAACACCGAUGCUUUGCAAGCUGAGCAUCAACCUCGCAUUUUUAACACCGAGAAAAUUUGAAUGUCGAAUACGGCGAUGGAAGCAGGUGAGAUUUGCUCCUCUAACGAGACAUGUUUUUGCGUCGCGUAGGUCAUUCAGCGUGGAACCGCAAGUGGGACAAAUUUCACGGCAUUUCCCGAAUCCAAGCUGUUCAUUUCCACCACAAACCAAUCCACUUCCACGACGACAAAUGGCUGAUGGAGCACCUCGUCGAAAUCUUCCGGAGCUACCAACAACUAUUUCUCAGUCUUCACCAGUCAGUACUGCUGAUGAUGCGUUAACUAAACGUUUGGCAGAGAUCAAAAGACUCUCGGGCCGGAUAACCAUCAUGAAAACUGUAUAUGAAACAACAAAAGAAAGUCUGAAACGAAUAGGAGAGCUCGGUUCCGGCACUUGUGGUGUUGUCUAUAAAGCCCGAUUCGAACAAACCGGGACGAUUAUGGCUGUUAAGCAAAUGGUUAUGACAUCGGUGGCAGAGGAGAACAAACGUGUCCUAAUGGAUCUAGAAGUGGUACUUCGUUCACACGAUUGUCCUCAUAUUGUACGAUGUUACGGGUGCUUUAUUACUGAUUUUGAAGUACUGAUUUGCAUGGAAUUAAUGGCAACAUGUCUGGAUAAACUUUCCAAACGUGUGCCGGGUGGUUUUCCGGAGGAUAUCCUUGGUAAAAUGGCUGUUUCAAUCAUAAAAGCUUUGGAUUAUUUAAAAGUCACUCAGGUAGUAAUCAUUCUGGAUUUUUGUGUGAUUGUUCUAUAUAUUUUUGAUCAAAAAAAAGUACGGAAUGAGAAGUGGGAAGAGAUAUCCGUACUGUCUUAA